AUGAAUCUCGACGCUGAGGCCAUCCUCGCCAGCCAGGGUGUCGUCGGCCAAGACUCACCUCCUCUCCGCUCCGUCUCAAAGCGCGGACAAUCAUCUUCAACCUAUGCCAAGAGCGAGGUCGACCUCUUUCAAAAGCAGGCACAUACCGAGGGCAAGACAUUGUGCGGGCUCAUCCUGCGUUCGCAACUACUCGUCCUUUUGAAACGUCGCAUCUUUGUCGAUUUCACAUCCACCCAAGAGUCUCUCAAUUUCACAUCGUACGAAGGUGCCGAACGCCUGCCACUCGACUAUGCCGAGUUUUGCAAGGAAAUGGCGUCUCGUCUACCCACAGUCCACGAGAUUUCCCAACGUCUCACUCCGCAAGACAUGGAGAGAUUCGUCGAUCUCCGUCCCUACAUGAACUUUGCCGUCGUAUCAAUUAAAAACUAUAGCUCUCUAUCAGAGGCAUACAGAUUGUUUAGAUUGGCCGGUCUUAGACAUCUAGUAGUAGUAAAUGUUUUUAAUCAAAUUGUUGGUAUGAUAACAAGAAAGGAUUUACUCUAA